AUGCCCGACAAACAGAUCACCACCAUCUCCUACGCUGCCGGCGCCUCCCUCGCCGCCAUCGCUCUCGUCUACGUCUUUGCUCCCAGUUUCGCCAUUGACGAGGCCGCCACAUCAUCGUCACGCAAAAAAGGCGUCGUCGGCCUGCGCAACUAUGCCAACGACUGCUUCAUCAACUCGACCCUCCAGGCCCUCGCCGGCCUGGGCGACCUCCGCAUCUAUCUGAUCCGCGAGACGCACAGGCGGUACAUCGAGGACCCCGCCGUCUACGCCCAUCUCGUCCAGCCCGCAGGCCAGGCGCUGCCGCAGUGGAAGCUGCAGAACCUCCAAAAGGGCAUCGUCUCGCAGGGCCUCAAAGAUAUGCUUGACGCCCUCAACGAGAGACCCAUCUACAAGAAGAGCACCUCGGCCGCCGACUUUGUCAAGGUCCUCGAGCAGGCCUUUAAGCAGCGCAUCAGCCGCCAGCAGCAGGAUGCGCAGGAGUUUCUGCAGAUCGUCGCCGAGCGUCUCAAGGACGAGUACCACGCCGGCGAGCGCGCCAGGGCCCACGCGAGGAACGCCGUCGCCCAGGGCACCAUUGCUUCGCAGCCCGUCGACGGCGUCGCUAUUCAGGAGAGGCUCGAAGGCUUGGCUGCGGCGGCGACGGUAGCGACGGCGGCUGACCCGAACAGCUCCGGUAGUGCCACAGGGACCGACUCUUCAGCCAACCCCACACCACCCACGAUACAGACCAACGGUGUCGUGCCGAAUGCGCUGCAGGACGAGGACGAGGGCUUCCCCAUGGAGGGCCAGCACGAAUCGCAGCUCGAGUGCCAGACGUGCGGCCACAAGUCGGCGCCGAAAACCGAGACGUUUGUGACCCUGACCCUCCGCGUUCCGCAGGUCAGGUCGACGACGCUGAGCUCGUGCUUUGACGAGAUCUUCAAAACGGAGUACAUUGACGACUUCAAGUGCGAAAAGUGCCGCCUCGUGCACGCCGAGGAAAUGCUCAAAAAGGAGAUUGAAAAGUCCUCGUCCGACAGCUUCCGGCACGCCAAGACGGAAGAGCUCAAAAAGCUGCAGCACGCCAUUGCGUUCGACCCCGACGACGUCCCCGACGACGUGACGCUGCCGGACUCGCGCUACGCGCCCAAGCGGCGCAUCGCGCGCUCCGCUCGCAUCACAAAGUUCCCCAAGGUCCUCACGAUCCACCUCUCGCGCUCCAUCUACGAGACGCAGGCCUCGACCAAGAACUCGGCCAAGGUCUCCUUCCCCGAGUCCCUGCCCCUCGGCGGCCUGACCGACCGCCGCCGCUACAAGCUCAUCGCCCUCGUCACGCACAAGGGCAGCCACCACAGCGGCCACUACGAGUCGUUCCGCCGCCAGACCAUUGUCCACGCGCCCUACCCCAACCUCAACACGUUCCAGCCCGCCGGCAUCUACAGCAAGUCGGCGUCGCCGAGCUCGACGCCCCGACUCCACGCCCUCUCCCGCGGCGACAGCCCCGCCGUCUCGACCCCGGACCUGCCGCUGACGGCCAACUCGUCCACCCACUCGCUGGCGUCCGACGCCUCGCCCUCGCGGCCCCGCUCCCUGCGCCAGCGCCUGAGCCCAACCUCCGCGCCCCGCGGCGGCGACGACGCCAACGGCUCGCCGCACCGGGAGCGAGAGCGGGACGACACGGCGAGCCUCCGCUCCGUCGCGGCGUCCACGCGCUCGGCCCUCUCGCGCAUCUCGCUGUCACGCGACCGCGGCGGCGGCAGCGGUAGCGGGACCGUCUCCGUCUCCGACACAGCGACGCCCGUCGAUGGCGCGACGCCCAUGGCCGUGCCGCCGGCGCCGAGGCCGCACCGGAAGCGCAAGACGCCAGACCGCUGGUGGCGCAUCAGCGACGAGAAGAUCCGCGAGGCCAAGACGGGCGAGGUCCUCGGCAUGCAGAGGGAGGUGUACCUCCUCUUCUACGAGCUCGACAAGGACGACGACGGCGGCGGCGGCGGCGAUGCGUGUUAG